AUGCGGGUUGACACACCUUUGAUACGCUUCAUUAAAGGAAAAGGGGGAAAUACACAAAAGCAAAUUGAGAUGGAGACUGGAGUAAAAAUCAAAUUUCCAUUGUCAAAAGAGGAGACAUCAAUUGUGGCUGAGGGUUCUUCGGUUGGAAAUGUGUCCAGAGCUUCAGAGCAGGCAGAUUACUCCCAUUUCAUAUCUCUACCUUUGGCAGUUCACCCUGGACUUGUAGAAAAGCUACAGAAUUUUCAGAAUUCAAUAUUGGGAAAUUUAGAUAGUAGUCAAGACUUGGGAAUCGAUAAAUCCAUAUUUAUCAAUCCAAAAACAUUUCAUUUGACUGUUCUCAUGCUUAAAUUGUGGAAUGAGGAACGCGUUGCUGCAGCUGCUGAGGUUUUACAGAAAGUCUCUCCAAAAGUGAUGAAAGCUUUGAAAGACCGUCCAAUUUCCAUCAGGUUGAAAGGGUUGGACUGCAUGAGAGGUUCAGUUUCAGAAGCCUGUGUUUUAUAUACUCCAGUUGAGGAGAUUGGUGGCGAGGGUCGCUUGAUGCGGGCUUGUCAAGUCAUUAUUGAUGCCUAUGUGAAAGCUGGCCUUGUUCUCCAGAAGGAUGCGUGCCGCAAGUUGAAGUUGCAUGGGACAGUCAUGAAUGUAAAGUUUAGGAAAAGGACGGUGAGAACGAGGAAGAUCGGUUCCUUUGAUGCUCACGACAUUUUCGAACAAUAUGGGUCUGAAGAGUGGGGUGAGUAUGUGAUUGGUGAGGCGCAUUUAUCGCAGAGGUUCAAGUAUGAUCGAAGUGGCUACUAUCAUCGUUGCGCUUCAAUUCCCUUCCCUUAGAGCCUCGAAGAUUAAUAGUUCUUUUUUUUUCUUUUUCUUUUUAUUUACAUGUUCAAUAAGUGUUUUUAUUGGGUAGUGUUUGAAUUAGGAUUUUGUCUCUCUUACUGUAUGGAUUGUAAAUCAGAUUAUGCAAUUAUUUUAUUUUCAAAGAAGAAAAAUCUAUUUGUGUUU